AUGGGGAAGGGGGGUGACAUGAUCUUGAGCAAUGAGGAGUGUAAAGAUAGUGUUGCUGGUUGUGUAGAGGGCCGUUGUUGGUGGGACGUCAUUUCUAUUGGAGGGAGGAUGGAGGGUUUUUCUAGGGAGCUGUGGGUGGGAUUCAUGUUUAUGCCAAAGGAAGGAUGGAGUUUUUGCUGGUGGGAGAAGAUGGAUUUUGUUCAGAGGGUAAGGGCUUUUAUUGGAGGUGGAGAGUGUUUGGCAGCAGGGGAUGGAUUCUUUUUUUCGGGAGGGGAGUGGUCGCCGAUCUGGGAAGGGUGUGGUCCUCACUCCUCACUAUUUUUGGAUGGGUCGAGGGGAGUGGCGAUCAGUAGUUAG